AUGGGGCACCCCAAUGUGCCACUCACACACAAAUAUGCACGUUCCCACGGGGAUAAACACAGGUCCAGCGAGCUGCAGCCCUUCACGCCGAACGAUAACUUGAACCUUGCACUGGGCGCCAUCAGAGUCCUCGGCGUGGAGCUGAUUGAGGAUGAACUGAAACCCCAUCUGAACACGGUGCUGACCACCAUUAAGGAGAAGAAAAAAGGUGCUGCUGAGCAGGUAGUGAUCAGUGGGGUGCUGCCAAUCCUGGCCCUGUCGCUGAGGAGCAGAGGGCCUCUGGGUCUGCUGACUGCAAAGCUGGUGGCUGAGCUCGCCAAGGAAUCUGUGAUCCGUAAAGGUUUUGGUGACUCCGGUCUGGUUUCGGCUCUGCUGUCGGUGUUGACCAGUACCGACCAGGAUCUGCUGUUUCAUGCUGCGAGGGCCAUCUCACGCAUGUCGUAUGACAGCUCAAAGCAGCAGGAGCUGCUGCUGCGUCGAGGCGCCGUGCCUCGCCUCGUUGCCAUCCUGCUUCGAUUUCCAGAUAAGGAGGCCCUGGAGGAAGUGUGCCUGCAGGCCCUCUGCAACCUCAGCGGCGUGGGAGUGGCAGAGGAGGCCGGGAUGGUGUGGGAGCGGGGAGUGUCGGUGAGGCCGGAGGAGUCGGUGUUCCACGGCGUUUCUCCUCACACCUGCGGUUUUGUCUCCUCCGUGACUCUGGUUCGGGUCUGUCAGUGGGGACCGGGUCAGUACGCCGUCAACAUCGAGGUGUUCCAGCGCUGCUCCUCCUCCUUCUGGAACCUUCACGGGAACAAAAGGACCGCUCGCUGGUUCCCCUUCCCCGGUUUGGGAAGCUGCUCAAAUUUGUACAAGGUGAUCAAGUUCUCCACGAGGAACGUUCCUCGGACCAAGAGUCUGAAGAUUCGCGUGUUCCACACUUUCCUCUGACAGCUAGAAAACUGCAAACAUGGUGGCCUGAACUAACCGGACUACAACCCUGAGCAGGUUACUGCGACCUCUGUUUACCCACCAACUGUUGAUACGCACCAAAACAUCACACACCAUAAACCUGGACAGCUCUUUUUAGUUCUUGGUCCAGCUUCAAAGUUAGAUUAGAUUAGAAAAACUGACUUGUACGAUUAGAUGCUUGAGGUUGCAGCCGUGCAGUACUGUUAUUUGAGAAACAACUAAAUCAGGGAUAAGAAAAAUGCAGAACAAUCCUAGGAAAUGAUGCCCUUGCUUCUUAUUGGUUCACAAGUGCUUGAAAUGAUUUCUACUCAAGGCAGCAAUAAUGAGAAUGCUAUUUCUACAGUGCAAGUUUAUAUAUUUUUUGAGUAUCUGGACGUCUUUGACACUCACUUAAAUAAUAAAAGUCCUUUGCUCUUAAA